GCGGGCGAAGCGGGCGGGUUUGAAUGGGUGCUGCUCCCGGUGCCGGUCCGGGCGGUGCCAUGGACUUCUCGGAGCUGUUCAAGCUCUCCGGGCUGCUCGGCAGGUUCUCCCCCGACGGGAAGUGCUUGGCUUCCUGUGUGCAGUACCGGCUGAUCAUUCGGGAUGUGAAUACCCUCCAGAUCCUUCAGCUGUACACUUGCCUGGACCAGAUUCAGUACAUAGAAUGGUCGUCUGAUUCUCUUUUCAUAUUGUGUGCCAUGUACAAGCGAGGGAUUGUUCAGGUCUGGUCCUUGGAGCAGCCAGACUGGCACUGCAAGAUAGAUGAAGGGUCAGCAGGAUUGGUGGCUUCAUGUUGGAGUCCGGAUGGUCGUCACAUUCUCAAUACAACGGAGUUUCAUCUGCGGAUAACUGUGUGGUCCUUGUGUACAAAAUCUGUAUCUUACAUCAAGUAUCCCAAAGCUUGUCAGCAGGGAAUAGCUUUCACCAAGGAUGGCCGCUACAUGGCAGUAGCAGAAAGACGUGACUGCAAGGACUUUGUCAGCCUCUUUGUGUGCAGUAACUGGCAGCUGCUGAGGCAUUUUGACACUGAAACACAAGAUCUGUUUGGGAUUGAGUGGGCUCCCAAUGGCUGUGUUCUGGCAGUGUGGGAUACAUGUCUUGAGUGUCUUCUGAUGGCUGUGGAGUUAUGGGCAAUAGGACCAAACCAAAUCAUCAAUUUGUUUCAGUACAAAAUAUUGCUGUACUCCCUUGAUGGCAGACUGCUGUCCACAUACCAGGCUUAUGAAUGGUCGUUAGGCAUAAAAUCCAUUGCCUGGAGUCCCAGCAGCCAAUUUUUGGCAAUUGGCAGCUAUGACGAAAAGGUGCGUAUCUUGAACCAUGUAACGUGGAAAAAGAUCACAGAGUUUGAACAUCCAGCAACUCUUAGUAACACAAAGGCUAUUGUGUAUAAAGAAGUGGAGAAAUCCCCAUCUGUUGAAACAGAGAGAUUUUCUUUCCCUCCGACAAGAGCAUUGGCUAGUUCUGUCUUCAGCACACAAAGUAAAUAUGACAUUUCCCAGGUGCCAGUCUCUUUCCAGUACGUCAAACCAGUUGCUGAUAGGGCUAAUCCCAAAAUGGGGAUUGGGAUGUUGGCAUUCAGUCCUGAUAACUGUUUCCUGGCAACCAAAAAUGAUAACAUUCCUAAUGCUGUCUGGAUCUGGGACAUUCAAAAACUCAAACUGUUUGUAGUGUUGGAGCAGCUGUGUGCCAUCCAGUCCUUCCAGUGGGACCCACGGCAGCCUCGACUUGCUUUAUGUACAGGAAAUAGCAAAGUCUACCUGUGGUCCCCAGCUGGAUGUGUGUCAGUACAAGUGCCAACCGAAGGUAAAGAAGGUGACUUCCAGAUUGUUUCUCUCUGCUGGCAUCCUAGUGGAGAUUCCAUGGCACUUCUGAGUAAGGAUAACUUGUGUGUGUGUUACUUAGGAAGAGAAGAAGUGAAAUAACUCUCAGUUGCAUUGAAAUGCUCACAAAUCUGAGGAAGAAUGAGGAAAGGGGUCAAACCCCAAUCUGAAGUGUUUUAUUUAUAAGUUAUUUAUUUGAAGGAGCUUAAUCAAACUCCAAUCCAUAAGGUGCUGUGUGUGUUUCUGAAUGAUGUUGCAUCUAAAGUGUGGAAAACAAAGUCUGGAUUUUUAAGAAGACUUCAGUUCUGAUGUAAUUGAACUUUCUUGCUAAUUCUGUGAACUAUGGAGUGUUUUUUCUAACAUUGUAGCUGAAUGUACAUAAUGUAUAGAUAUUAUUUAACUUUGAUAAUUUCCAAUAAAUAUUUUGAUAAUUA